UAAAGAUGCUGAUCAUAAUGGCCUUGUUAAUCUCCUGGAAGCAAGUUACCCCAAACUUAAGUCAGGAGGUGGCUUUGGGUUCUUAAAGGGUAUUGGUGGAGAAUCCGAACCAAGACAUCUAGAGAGCUUACCACUUGGCCUAAAUGGGUAUUCAAUACGCUACAUCCGAGAGACACUUUGUAUUGGUCAAGCA